AGAACUGCUUUGCUCAUCACUAGUUCGUGUUUUUUUCAUCACCACAUCUCGGAGAUAUAACUUACAUUUGGGAUCGCGUGACUUGGUUCCCCAAUGUGUUUGGUUCGAAUGGAGCUUUGCUACAGUUAGUCUGGCUGUUAAAAGAGGGCUUAAUGUUAUGAUUUUAGUUCUAAUGCAGGGACUAUAUUGGAGCGGUGAGUGAAGUAAAAGUUAUACAGUAAAAGUAAAAGUUGGCAAACGGGUGCAUUAUCUGAUCCGAAGUGUGGACUGAAAAGACUUGAUUUGAGAGAUCCCUGAACACAAAGGAAAAAACAGCACCAAAAAAAAGCAGGUCCUAACAGCACCAGAAUUUGCUGUGAGAAAACUAUAAGCAAUACCAUUCCAUCAAGUUGUCACAUCAAGGCAGAGAUCAUCAUGGCCUUCAAAAAUUGUAUUGAUGAAAUGGACUUGUACACUGAUGGGGAACCAACAUCAAGAUUUCAGUCAUUAAUCAGUCAAAGUACACAAAUCUGUCAGGGACCCCCAAAAACGUUCCUGUUGAACACAGUUAAGGAGACUCUGGAUGAUUCUGGAAUGGUCAGAAGAUGGACCUUUGGAGAAAAGAACCAGAGUAAGACCAGAACCAUAAUGAUGAUGGGAGAAACAGGGACAGGGAAGUCCACCCUCAUCAAUGUCAUGGUCAACUACAUCUUGGGAGUGAAGUACGAAGACAACAUCCGGUUUGAGAUUAUUAAAAAGGAAGAAAGAAGCCAGACUGAAUCUCAAACCAGUGGCAUCACUGUGUAUGAGAUCUACGGAAAUGAAGGGGUUCGAGUCCCAUUCUCUCUGAGGCUCAUUGACACUCCUGGUUACAUGGACACUUCAGGAGAAAAACAGGAUGAGAAAAUUCCUAAAAAUAUAAGCAAGUUGUUCAAUGCUGAAAAGGGUGUUCAACAGAUUGAUGCAGUGUGUUUAGUGGUGAAGGCCUCACAGAAUCGCCUCACUGAUGUUCAAGUCAAAAUCUUUGAUGCGAUCUUGUCCUUGUUUGGAAAGGACAUAGAGAACAACAUCAUGCCUCUGAUCACAUUCUCAGAUGGCGGGAAAAAACCCAAAGCCCUUGAAGCCAUUGCCAGAGCUGGUGUUCCCUGCGCCAGGAACAAGAAAAAAGAACCCAUUUUCUUCAAAUUUAAUAAUGUGUCCAAGAAAAUAAAUGGUGACUGCGAUGAUGAAGGUGAUGAUGAUGAUGAUGAGGAUGAUGAGGAUGAAAAUUACUGGCAGCGAAACUGGAAAAUGGGAGUGAAAACCAUGCAGAAAUUUUUUGAGAGCCUGAACGAGAUGGAAACCAGAAGCCUGCAGAUGACUCAGAAUGUACUAAUGGGGCGAGAACAGCUUGAAAUGAACAUUCAGUGUUUACAAGAUAAAAUAACAGCCACUGACAACCUACAAAUAAUGCUAAGGCAGACUCAAGAUGUCCUGGAGAAACAUAAAGAAGACAUAGAUGCAAAUAAGGACUUUGAUUAUGUUGUAGAUGAACCGUGUACAAUAAAAGUUGAGACAAGAUAUCCGGCAACCUGCUGCGCAGUAUGUGAGACAAACUGUCACUAUCCGUGUACUGUUGUCAGUGCAAAGUGGCUAAACUGGUGUGCUGUAAUGAAGGGAAAAAACUGUACAGUCUGUGAAAAGAAAUGUCGUUAUGAACACCACAUUAAAGAAAAGAAGAUGUACAAGCCUUCCACCAGACGAGUCACCAAGACAUUUGAAAAAAUGAAGGAACAAUAUGGAAGAGCGUCUAGAGAAAAGGCCACAACAGAGAAUCUGGUGAAGAAUCUUCAGGAACAUGCCAAGAAUGUUGUGUCAGGCAAAAGUGAACUCGUAGAGGAGUCAUACUGGCACAUCCUCAGCCUUUCCAAGAUCGCCUUGCGGCCUGACUCCAGGUCUACUGUUCAGCAUCUCGACUUCCUGCUUGAGAGACUGAAAGAGACGGGAACUAAAGAGCAGAUUCAGAAGAUAAUGGAGAUAAAGAAAAGAGCCAGAGAGCUUAGCAAGCUCAAGUAGAAGGGUCUUCUGUAAUUGGGGAAACUACCGUAUUAUUUGUAUUCUGGAAAUCAAAUCUGAGAACUGCAUGUAAUUGUGCCAAGAAAUAUGAUGCAGUGAUUAUAUUAUGCAGUUCAUAUAUGGAGAAGUGCUACUCUGUAAAAUAAUUAAUAUGCUCACAUUCUCAACUGAAUCUCCUUAUGGACUUAUAUAGUAUCACAUCAAAUGGGGUUAUGUAAAUUACUUUGGGAGAUGGUCUCACCAUUAGCAGAUGUUUUACUCUCUUUAACAAUGAUUAUAUCCUUAUUCUAGAUUUUUUCAUUAAUAACUAGCAAUCCAUGAUAUGUAAAUUCUGGAGUUGUGAUUGUAUAUGCAGUUCAUAUAUGGAGAAGUGCUACUUUGUACAAUAAUUCAUAUGCGCAAAUUCUGAACUGAAUCUCCUUAUGGACUUAUAUUGUUUCACAUCAAAUGGGGUUAUGUAAAUUACUUAGGGGGAUGGUCUCACCAUUAGCAGAUGUUUUACUCUCUUUAACAAUUAUUAUAUCCUUAUUCUAGAUUUUUUCAUUAAUAACUAGCAGUCCAUGAUAUGUAAAUUCUGGGGCUGAUACCAAUAUGUUAUGAUACCGAUAUGUAUCUGAUCAUGCUGGCCUUUAUGAUACCGCAUCAUUUUAGAUCAUAGCAUGAUGUAACUAGGUUCCCACAGCUGUGAAAGAGGUAGAGGAGCACAGAUGCCAACUUAUGGAGGAAAAUUUUAAGAAAUUCUAUUUGUGUAACAAAAUAUUUUUCCUUGUUUAUUUUAUUAGUAAGCAGAAAGGAUGAGUCUUUGGAGCUUUUGAGUCUGGAUUACUUUGCACGUGAAUUUGGCUGGCAACAAUGAUAAAUUAAAAACAAUAAAUAAGAGGUGAUGAAAUGUG